AUGCUCGUUAUUGCGAGUUUCGAUUGUCGUUCUAUGGAAGACGUGAUAGGCGUUCUGGCCGGAACCGUCGAGGCGGCUGCAGAGGCAGCUGUGGCACGAAAGACAUGUAGCAGAUGCAAUACCGAGCAAAACAUUGAUCAGUUUCUCCAUGCCCGCAGGAACGGAAGGAUUGUCGUCAACUGUCUAAGUUGCCGGCACAAGAGCAAGCUUCAUGUGAUAAUUCUGGUUACGAUCUUGUUUUCCUCAGCUAACCUAUCGCAGGUUGAAGCGUCGCGAGCGAGCAUUGAGAUUUCUCGCGCAAUCGCCCGCGGAGAUGAUUCUUCCCUUGCUUUCGCACCGGCGCUUGCACCUGGGCCUCGACGGAACCUUACGCACGGCGUCCUUGCUGAAAUGUAUCACGAAAGGGGCCGUGUUUCUACGGAUACCCCGGAAACGGCAGCCGCUCGGGAUCAACGAUUGACAAUCCAGCGACGCCACGGCGUGGAACGACGCCAUGGCGUGCAGCCUUCGCAAACCCCGUCGUUAAGCAGCUUGAUUGGACGAGAACAGCAGCUCAAUGCUGAGGACGAGGCGCCUACGACCAGCCGAUGCGAUUUGCUACCCGUGCAAGCCGCUGAGGGAGACGAUUUGGGUGGUAACGCGGAUGACUUGCGACGCACACUGCCACGCCGUGGACGCCCUCCCAAACGCCGUUCUCCGUCUACGUCUUCGGCUCGGUCUCGCGGACGCCCUCGCGGACGUCCUCGGCUAGCACGCAAUCCCGUCGGCCGCCCACGCACGCAAAACUUCUCCGAAGACAACCCUCCGCGCGAAUUCGACGAACCCGCGGCUCCGUCUCGCGGACGCCCUCGCGGACGGAGUUCGACGAAGCGCUUGCCGCAGAGGAGAUGCAACGAUGCGCGCGACGACCUAAAGGACAUCGAGAUUGUCGGGCGUAAUGCGUACCUCUCAUUCGACAAGUCGGUGUUUCUGACCACAAUACAGCGGCAGCAGGGCGAAGACCAGGCCCCGUUUCGGCGGGCCUUGGAAGAACUGCGGAAAGCUGAUGUGUCAGUACCCUCCUGGGAGCUCCUCGCUUCGAGGUGUUCUGUCAAGCUCUCUCCCGAGGAGGUUGACAGCUUUGCUGAUGCGCUUCGCAUCUAUCCCACCAAGACCCAGGUCGUCGAGUACAGCCACCAACACAUGCUUGGCCUGGACAGCCCCGCCAUUCAGGUCGAGGCAAAGCACGAGGGUGUUGGUGCGGAGAAGGUUGAAUCCUCAAAUGCCGGCAACUUGGCCAAGCGCUUGCCCUUUGUCAUCAUGGUGGCCUUCGACGACUACGACGGCCCCGCCUUCACGAUGCCGAACGAAGAGCCGCUCCGCAGUGGAGAGAAGCUGGUUGUUCCCAUCCUCCGAGUGCGGCAGGACUUCAUGGUCGGCGCCAACUCAUGUUCAAGAGAGCAGUUCCCGCUGUUGGUCAGCUAUGCGAUCACCGUCCACAAGUCACAGGGCAUCACUCUCGACAAGGUUGUCUGCGAUAUCUCUGCGCCGGAGUUCGCUUCUGGUCUCUCCUACGUGGCCGUUUCCCGGGUGAAGACACUGGGUGGGCUAAUGUUUGAGAAGCCCUUCGACCGCAACAGGAUCUAUCGCGAGACACCAUCACGAGCUAUGGGGUUGAAAUUGUCCAAUCACGCUAUCAGGCAACGGCAGGCGUUAGAUGCUGUGGCGGGGAAGGAUCCCUCAGAGGCUCAGAGGAGUCAAUAG